AAGGACGCUGAUAUUGUAUGUCACUUCCUCUGCUCGCCGUAGGCAAGUAAAGCUGAUUGUCGUAAAGUAACGGUUGAGGUUGAGAUAUUACUGAUACUCUUCCAGCAUUGAAGGCUCUUUCGGACAGGCGACAGCGUACCUGCUUCCGCAGGUGCCUGGCUUUUUUUUCUAAACCAGUUAUUCGAGUUUCUAGGUGAUUCCCUCCCCAGUUCAGUUUCGUCCCCGUACGGUGGCCGAAGAGGCUCUUGUGAGGCGGAAGUACCGGGCGAGUGGGUGUGAGCACCCGGGCCUGAGGUGCACGUGGCGCCGGUAGGAGCGAACAUGUCUUUUCGGGGCGGAGGUCGCGGAGGAUUUAAUCGAGGUGGCGGCUUCGGUCGCGGCGGCGGCAGCAACAAUCACUUCCGAGGUGGAGGCGGCGGUAAUUUCAGAGGCGGCGGCGGCGGCAGAGGAGGAUUCGGACGAGGGGGCGGCCGCGGAGGCUUUAACAAAGGCCAAGACCAAGGACCUCCAGAACAAGUAGUUUUAUUAGGAGAGUUCCUGCACCCUUGUGAAGAUGACAUAGUGUGUAAAUGUACCACAGAUGAAAAUAAAGUACCUUAUUUCAAUGCUCCAGUUUAUUUAGAAAACAAAGAACAAAUUGGAAAAGUGGAUGAAAUAUUUGGACAGCUUAGAGAUUUUUAUUUUUCAGUUAAAUUAUCAGAGAACAUGAAAGCAUCUUCCUUUAAAAAACUACAGAAGUUUUAUAUAGACCCAUAUAAGCUGCUGCCGUUGCAGAGGUUUCUACCUCGACCUCCUGGUGAAAAGGGACCUCCGAGAGGCGGUGGCAGGGGAGGUCAAGGAGGAGGAAGAGGCAGAGGUGGCAGAGGUGGCAGAGGUGGUGGUUUUAGAGGUGGAAGAGGAGGUGGAGGUUUCAGAGGAGGAAGAGGGGGUGGUGGUUUCAGAGGAAGAGGACAUUAAGUGUAACAGUCGACAGAAACUUCACCAGGUGACUUCUGCAUUAACCUCAUAAUCUACUUCAGUGGAUCAGAAACUUGUUUCUUGAGCAAAUUUUGAAGAACUGGUCUUUUUAGGACAGUGGAGCUAAAAUGUCAACGUCACGCAAAAAUGAGUGCGGCAGAACAGGCAACUUUGCUUUAAAAGAGUAUGAAUAAGUGUUUUAACAUUUUGUACAAUGUUCGGAACUUUGUGGGUCUUUAAUAAAGGGACAGCUUUUAAUUGGAGCAUAUUUGAAUUUUGUAAAUAAAGUGUUUUAUUUCUUUAAGUAA